AAACACAAAUAUCCACUUGUUCUCAAAUCGGCGAGGUAAUUUCAGCACACCAUCUCAAGAUGGAAGUCUCCUCGGACGCUUUGAUCGUGCUUUGUCCACUGCUAUCAAUUGGUUUUCACGAAUUGGUUUUGAGGCGUGUGGAGGUCGAUCAUCUUGUUCUCCCAGGACUUGUUUUUUCGAGUCUCUUCUUUUUACUUUUUACUUUCUACCGGGGCAUCGGCCCAACUGUUGCCUUAUAUGUAGCCUUUUGGGGCACUCUCUCUUUAUGGAUCUUGUUAUAUCGUGCAUUCUGGCACCCGCUCAGACAUUUUCCGGGUCCAUUGGGUGCAAAAUUGACGAAAUUGUGGACUAUCAAACAGACUUGGGAUACAAGAUGGCAUUGGCAUCGCGUACAACAGCGUCUCCAACAGGAGUAUGGUGAUUAUGUGAGAACAGGUCCCCGAGAAAUUUCAAUUUACGACCCGAGCGCCAUACAACCAAUUUUGGGUUUCUCUUCCAUGACAACCAAGGGACCUUUCUAUGAUGUUAUGGAAAAGUCUCUUCAUCUGAAUCGAGACAAAGCAUUCCACCGUCAGCGACGUAGGGUUUGGGAUAACGGAAUGAAAGAGUCGCUUUCUACCUUUUCUCCACUCGUUGAGGAGUUUACAGAUAAGCUGCUUGCUCAACUACACAAACAGAAUGGCGAACCGAUUGAACUAUGGCGCUAUUGCAGCUACUAUAGUUAUGAUGUUAUGUCAAAACUUGCGUUUGGCGAAUCAAUGGGAUUUGUAGAAGGCAAACAAAGUGAAGUAGCGGCAAGCAUUCUCAAUACUUUCAACAGCAGCUUAUCCGCUAUGGGCCUUAUGUACCAUGUGCCUUGGCUCAUGAACACACUUGGGGUAGUCACUUCAAUUGCCGGGCCGAUGAAAGAAUGGCGAGACUGGAGCGUGUCGCAAAUGAAACAACGCAUUGCCCGGACAGAUGGAAGGACCGAUUUUGUAGGACAUCUCAUCAAGAACACCCCUAACGAUACAGCUGGACUAGACCUACUAUAUGGCGAAUCGCGACUCAUCAUCGGUGCCGGCAGCGAGACUACGUCUUCGGCGUUGACGUUUACAUUGAUGCAACUUGCUACGAACCCGAAAUACGUCGAUGCGAUACGGAAGGAGUUUCGUGAUUGCGUAUCUUUCGACUGCCAGCGGCCACUUCCAAUGCUUGACGCAGUAAUACAGGAGUCAAUGCGUUUAUGGCCAUCAAUCUUUUUUGCACCUCAGCGCGUCACUCCACCAUCUGGAUUACACAUCAAUUCGCAUUUCAUUCCUGGAAAUACAAUCAUCCAAAUGCCGCCUUUCGCCACCUUUCGCGAUCCAAGAAACUUUGUAAAACCAGAUGAAUUUUUGCCUGAACGAUGGACAUCGGAACCUGAGUUGGUGCUCAAUAAGCACGCAUUUAUUCCAUUCAGCACAGGACCAUACAAUUGCGUUGGUAAAACAUUAGCCAAUAUGGAACUACGGAGUGUCAUCGCAAGAGUGGUGAAUGAGUUUGAUAUUCGUCUUCCCGAUGGAUUCGUAGCAGAACAGUAUUGGGAAAGUAUCAAAGAUCAGUUUACGGCCGCACCUCCAGAAAGCCAGCGAGUUUCUUUUGUUAAAUGUCAGGGCUGAUAUGAGUCAGUGUUAGCUAGUUUCGUCGCAAUGGUACUUCGUCUCUCAAACACUCAAAGCUAUCAAAUGCGAAACCAGUACUGUUUGCUUUUAUAGAAUAACCAAUAACUUAGAAUAGAAUGUUGAAUAUAUGGUUGACAUCGACA